CUCAACUCCCAACUCGACAAGUGCAUAGCAGUGACCCCAGAAUUAUUGCGGCCUGGAAUAGUAUAUCAAGAAGACCAUGGCCAGCUGACAGAAGUUACGAUCGCUUGUUCGCUCGUGGGUCAUGGUCACUAUGGUCUCAGCUUUGUACCUUUCAGUCUCGUUGUUCACGGCUGCAGUAACGAGUGCAGUGACCCCUCAAGGAAUUGGUGCCGAUCUUACCAUUGUAACUCACAACGAUUUGUACGGAAAUCAAACUGCUCGAGAUGCAGCAGUCGUCAUUGACGCUGAGUCCGACUACUCGACCGCUGAAUCACGCUGUACUGCGUUAGGCAGUUCCAUCUGGAGUCACGACAAUAAUUCGGAUGUGAGUUUCCUCAGGUUUCUCGACUAUAGCAAGGGCGACGACAAGGCCGGCCCGUACUGGAUCAAGAGCGAUGGCAAGAGGUGCAACACUAUAUCCGCCAAGGGCAAUGUCAAAGACUCGUCCUGUGGCCGAAAUUUGCCAGUACUGUGCGCAAACACUGCUGCUGAUACAGAGAAGGAGAUCUCUGUGUCCAGCCAGGAGUCAACCAUCACAGGAUAUCGAAUGAAGGAUGCCUUUCGCUUCCUGGGAAUUAAAUACGCCACCAUUCCAGCUCGUUUUGAGCACGCAAAAUAUCUUCCCCCAGCGAAGAACGUUAGUGCCUUUGCGUACGGCGACCAAUGCGUUUCCUCCGAAUGCACUGUCUGCAGCGAGGACUGCUUGUCCCUCAACAUCUGGACGCCCUACCUCCCCAAUGGCAAAGUCAACCCAGAGAAGAAGAAGGCCGUCAUGCUCUAUAUUCACGGUGGCUCAUUCCUAACCGGCUCGAACCGCGACCCAACGAACGAUGGCACAGCCCUCGCCUCUCGCGGUGACGUCGUAUCUGUUUCAAUCAAUUACCGCCUAUCGACGCUCGGUUUCAUUGCCGUUGCGAAUUCUUCCGUUACCGGGAAUUUGGGCCUCACUGACGCCAGUACGGCGCUCGAUUGGGUACGCACCCACAUCGAGGACUUCGGUGGGGACAGGGACCGUAUUACUGUAUUUGGACAGAGUGCUGGUGCCGCUGCUAUACGCGCCCUUCUCACGUCCAAGGUCGCACAAAACAAGUUCGCGAACGCCAUCAUGAUGAGCACGCCUCAAGGCGGCGGCGCGGCCUCGUACUCGGAGUACCUCACAGUCGCGCAGUCCUCGGCCAAGAACAGCGCCAUCUAUACCCAAGUGGGAUGUGCGAAUUUGUCCGGCGAGGACCUCAUCGCUUGCCUACGCAAGGUCGACGCCAAGGUUCUCGUUGGCUACCGGGACGCGAAUAAGAGCUACACUGGCGCUGUAGCCCAGUUCCCCGUUAUUGAUGGCUCUUUCUUGACCCUCAAGACCCUCCCCCUGGGUCAAGGUGCAUCCAAGCUUCCACACCACAUCAUGGCGGGAAUCGUACAAGAUGACGGAUCUCCUUUCACCUCAUACUCGCCAAGCACCAACACGACAGAAACUCUCUUGAUAAACGGGUUCAACGCCUCUGCAAUCGAGGCUUCGGGUCUUUUCCCCCUCCCAUCCAAUCCGAAUGUAACAGCUGCUCUCUUCAACUUGACUUCUCACAUUGCUACUGACGCCUACUUCCGUUGUGCCGCUCACUCAACCGCCCAUCUUGCUGCUAAGAAUUCACUCUUCGCAUCGUUCUACGCCUAUGAAUUUGACCGCGCGUAUCAAGUACCCAGCUGGUCGCCCAACGGCGGCGCAUGCGAAGCCCCAAAAACUGCCUCACAUCCGCUUGGUGAUGUGGACCUGCCUUACUACCGCUGUCACAGCGGUGAGCUGCUCACAGUUUUCGGCACCCAGAUCCCCCAAGGACGGCUUCCUCGUGACCAGGACGACAUCCCCUUUUCACAGUACGUUCUCGACUCAUGGACAGCAUUUGCGCGCCGUGGAAACCCUGUCCCGGAGAAGAGAUACUUGGAGUCGAGAGGCUUCGUCAAUACUACAAAAGCGGUUGGGGAAUGGAAGGAAGUGAGUAAUGCAGGUGAUAAGCCGGUUAAAGUGCUGGAUCGUGUGAAUAGGAUGGAGGCAUGGAGAGAAGUUGAGCAGUGCAAGGUGUUGGGGAUCACUGAAGAUUAUUAUGAGGGAAUCAUUGUCUCUGAGACUUAUUCCACAAUAAUGGCCUGGCAAAUGGAUCUUUGUAUGCAAUGGGACAAGCAAGUCGUGAUCCCCUUCCACAAAUUCGUAAAGCCUGAGUCAGACUCUCAAACAGCUCAGUCCUUUCCAUUCUUUGGCCUGCCAGUCGAUCUCCAACUCCUCGUGUACGACCACUGCGAUACACCAACGCUUUUCCAGCUUAUGCGAACAUGUUCGCGUUCACGCGGGCCCGCAACUCGGAGGUUUUGGUCGUGCGCAGACCAUUGGUAUAGUUACGACGCAACCGAGGUCCUUGAUGACCGCCGCCACGUUGUUCUCGACCACGAUUUGGAGUUUGUGAACCAUGUGAAAAGAGUUGAAUUCGCAAUUGACAGACUCGAAUGGCGAUUCUGCGACGAUGACGACGGAGCCGUAGUGGACAAGGCGCAAGACUUCUGGAUCAGAGUGGGAAAGAUCUUUCCAGCUAUUGAGUACUUGGUGUUAUGUGGUUAUGCACUCGAACCAUCAAUGUGUUCUGCAGUAGGCAGGGCUGUGCAGUGCGCUCCUAACCACAUCACUGUCUUUAUCGCUCUUGAAACCGUCGUGGUCGGACCUCGAUUUCCAACCCAGUACAAAUUGUAUUCCGUACCAGGAAAUUCGAAUGCGACAUGGGAGAUUGUGGAUGAGCAUUGGGCGCCGACACGCGUUCUUUUCCCACCACGAAAGUUCCCUCCGUCGCCACUGGGCGAUGCCAUAACGUUCAAUGGACGGUACUUUACUCUUCGACUGGAAGCACGUGGGCUCGACUGGCUAAGAAUUGAGUCCUACGCACGCUACGCAAUGGACAGCAAUAUCCACUGCCCAAGCAUUGACUGCGAUGCCGUUUUCGCGAACCGAGAAAAAUGGAAGGAGCAUCUUGACGAUACUAGCGCUGGGCGGCACGGCCGCUUCCAGUCUCAGUUGAAAAUUGCUCGUGGUACCGUAGAAGAGCUUUUGCCCUAUACACGCACCCCCGAAGCCGAGAAAGCCGCAAUGGCCGAACGACAGCGGCAUAUAGAUCACAGCUACGAGGAAAAUUCAAAGCUGGAGCAAAGGGUUGGUCGUAACUGGGGGCCACCUGGUAGCGAACAAAGACGGCUCUUCGAAGAACAGUUCGUAGCUCAGCUGAAAGCAGAAAACUUGUGGGCACCAGGAACUAUCACAGGCCACCUGGAAGAUACUUGGUACGGGAUCUUGGGGGUCAGUUUCGAUAGAACGCACGUCUACGGGCAUAGUUGCGAUGGUCCAGACGAAAACCACGUAUGCUAUGAUGCAUAG